AUGCCUGUAACUGAACAACCCGAUUUGCGUGACUGGGAGGACGGCCUUUGUGACUGCACUAACGACGUAAAAAAUUGUAAGCACUUUUUGCCGAGUUUAACAGCUUGCCUUAUUUUAAUUUUCUGAGCCUUCAUUUCUCCUACUUAUGAGCAUAGUACGUUUCAGCUUUGCGGGAGAUUUUCGCAACGUUGGUCUAUGCCGACGGACGGGGUGUUUGGUUGUACACUAAAACUUGAUUAAAACGAUCAUAAUUUUGACAAUCUUCAAGGCUAAUGACCUACAGUAUGACAGUUCGGCCGUCGCGGUUGAGGAUGUCCGUCGCGUGCUUCACAACAAGGUGAGAGCAGGCACUGCGAUUUGUUCGGUUUUAGUGGGAGGAGACUUACGAGGCAUCUUCCUCACCCUCCCCUCCUAGCCCGCCUAGGCCCAGUGUCAGGACACAGUUAAGAAGACCGGAGGCGGAAAAGAGCUCAGGUAGCUGACACACACGGACCAAUACCUUCCUGACUAAAUGUAAACUUCCCAGCGGUGCUUUAUUUAAAGUCCAUUAUUUUUUGAAAACUGCUUUUUGCUUAUCUCUUAAUUAUUGCGCCUACUAUCUUUGCCAAACGACAGUGUACAAUGAGAAUUUCGGCAGAGAUACAUCUUUUCCUGUGACUUCUUGCUCUGCUCGAUUCUAAUAAAGGGUGCCCUCAAGCUUCUGUCAGCAACACAUAUGAGAUUCACCAAAAAUUUGUUGAAUACUACCCCGCCACUUUUAGUCAUAUACUGGCCCAAUUUUAAUUUUUUUUCUAGGUGUGCUGACUGCCUUCUGUUUCCCCUGCAUGGUCUGCUAUGAAUAUAAGUUGCAAGAUGAGUGUUGCGGAGCCCCACUGUGUAUACCACAUCCAGUCCUCGUUCUGACUGCUCAUCAUCGAGGCAAUCAAAAUAUCGAGGUAUGUUUCUUUCAAGCUUAUUCGGUCAAAUUAAUGUUACAUUAAGCAUUUGCUUUAAAACAGCAGUUUUUAGGAAGAAUUCGGCGGUUUCUUCGUGACUCUCGUAUAGGGAGACGGUGGGAGUAUGGUUUGUGGCCGGGGUUUACUACUCUAGGUGGCAUUUGUGCUAAAAAAGAAUAAUUGGUGCCAUUUAUUUGUACAUGUCAAGGAAAGAAAUAAAAAUACCUCGUGGUGGCUGUUGCUUGAGGAUGGCCAAGAUGCUUUACGUAAAAAUACCUCAGCACAAUAUCCUUUUGACGAUGCCUGCAAAAGGACAUUAAAUUUAUUUACUAUUAUUGUUAAAUGGCUAAAACAGAUUCCCCUUUUAAUUGGUGACAAUAUGGAGGACCACAAUUUGCGACACUACAAAGUUCCUAGAUGUUCGUUUCUUUCGCUGAACACAAUUGCUCCCUGAAGUAAGCAACCUCGGCCAUAAACCAAACCCUUGCCAAGGAGACUCCUUUGAUUGAAAUUAACCCUCGAUUCGUUUUAUUUUGACGGCUACAUAGGUUACAUCGCAAGUGGAAUUAUCAGUUUCUUUUAAAACACGCAUGCACGAAGUGGGGGAAUUUUUUUAUUAAUUGUCUUAUACACUGCUCCACACCCCCAUACAUUCUAUCAGGUCGGUCCUACACGUUGACCAAAUGUCAUUGGAACGAUGCACAGAUAGAAACUGAUCGUUUACGUAUGCGCCAUUUGCAGUGCGAAGACAUUGGAAGACACGCUCGUAGAAAACGGAUUAAUGAAGCCCCUAUCUCAUGGCAAUGCUGGUGGCAUUUUUGAGGUGUGCGGGACUUCAUUUCGAUCAUAGGUACCAUUCCAGGAGAAUUACAGACCGGUUUGAGGGAAAAUAAUCCCCAGCUUGCUCAGUCCUACGUCGCCUGUCGUGUUGAUUGCUUUUCUCGGACGUUGAGUUUGCUCUGAAGACGCCAUUGGCGCGACGAAUGCUGCAGUUUUACGUCCGAGGAAAUCUGUGAGCGCGACGUGUUUGGAAUAGCAUGAUGUGGGAGUUCACUAGCAGUACAGAUGGCAUUGGCAUUCCGAAAAUGACAUGUUUUACGCAAUGAACCAGAACCUGUUCUAGCUGGGGUCAAAAAAGGUUACUGAAAGUAUCCCACUAGUCUGUAAGUGACGACUGAAGUCUUUGUUCAACAACCUCGGUGCCUUGAGGUCAUUUACCCAUCCCUCUAGCGAUUCCAGACGCGCUGACAGCAAUCAUUGCGGAGUCCCUCGUCUUUGAUCAAGGUCCCACGGCCUAGUGAUUACUCACCUUCUCUGAGGACGUUUACGGACGUAUUGACAGUCUGACAGGGGGACGUACAGUAGGUGGGUUAACUCAUAAAAUAUUGACCGAAAUUCCGAAAUGCGUUUACGUCAUGAAAAGAUUAAUUAAACAGAGCUGUAAAACCAAUCAUCGUGCAACAUAAUUCUAUAAUAAUUUAGUUACCCCAUGAUGCCGACUUUUGAAUGAACUUUCCUCCGACUGCAUGCAAAUCUACACUCUGUAAAAAAUGACUACUUAUGUAGCAUGAAUUUGUCUCAUUGAUUUUUUGAUGCCCCUAAAAUUGCAAUUAUACUUCAUGGAAAACAUGCAUGAGAAUAUUCAUUCUUUUGCUCAUUCGGUAGAAAAUUAUGUCUUCUAAUUUUAUACUCGAAGGUAUGGUGUGAUUUGGUUUUCAAAAACUUUCCCAAUUCCCGAAUACCUUUGAACCCGCUCUACCAUUACACCCGCAUUCAGAGUUUCCAAAACUACAGGCCGCAUAUUUUCCGCGUACGCAAAAGGACACAUUUCUCUACAGUACUAAAGGGGGAUCAUAUAGGAUGCACAAAAUUUAACGGUAGAUAUGAUCCAUAUUGUAAAGUUUACAAGCCAUAUUGGUAGAUGCAGAGACAUUACGACUUAUGGGCCAUUUCAUGGUAUUUAAAAGUCACCCAAUUAUAAACUUUUUAACGCCGAAUUAUGUCCCUCCUCCGGGUAUAAAAUUAGAAGAAGACAUAAUUUUCUACCGAAUGGAUAAAAGAAUAAAUAUUUUUAUGUAUGUUUUCCAUGAAAUAUAAUUGGACUUUUAAGGGCAACGAAAAUCAAUAAGACAAAUUCAUGCUACAUAAGUAGUCAUUUUUUACAGAGUAUAGAUUUGCAUGCAGCCGGAGGGAAGUUCAUUCGAAAGCCGGCAUCAUGAGGUAACUAACAUAUUAUAGAAUUCUGUUGCACGAGGAUUGGUUUUACAACCCAACUUAAUUAAUCUUUUCGUGACGCAAACGCAUUUCGGUCAACAUUUCAUGAGUUAGCCUACCUAUUGUACUUGUCUCCUGUGGGGUGAUUCAGAUACUGUAAGCGAACAGCUUACUCCCACAAACCUACUUAAGGGGAUCAAGCCAAAGUCUCUCAUUUUCUCUCACUCUCAAACAUGACUGUACAUUUUUAAUACACGCCCUGGCCUGCUAAUUUAAAAUGCCACCUGAUGAUUGCAGCGUUCAUCAUACAUCCCCAACCGAGGACGUUUAACCGUAAGCAAGCCAUGUGUGGCAUCUCAAUUCUUCCAGAAACAAACUUGUUAACAUUUAUAUUUUUGUGUUGCGCCGUCUCUGCGCAUCCCGACUAACUGCUGCCGUGCUCCAAUAUGGCCAUCCCGUUCAUGUUAGGGGACGCCUAGCGAGGGCCAUGUUGACGACCUCACGCUCCAUAGCAAGUUACAGUAGACAGCGUCGGUCGGUACACCUGCUUUUGUUCUGAUUCAUUUCAUCUACAUAUUUGGUUAUUUUUCUUGUUUUCUUGAAUUAAUCCCCGUUUUGUUUUCUUUGCACGACACACAUAGGGAAGUCUCAUAAAGGACUGCUGUGUCAGCACCUUCUGCAUGCCCUGCAAGCUCUGUCAAAUUCACCGGGACUACGAGGCCAACUAG